CGAAUAGGAAAAAGCUUGAGUUGUGCUUUCUGCCAUGGAAACUCGUAGAACCACUGGCAAGGCCGCGUCCCUCAGAUGGCAAAUCCUUCGCCAAGCCCUUCUUCGUCGGCCCCCUCCUCAUAUUCCUGAAGAAGGCCAAUCUGAAACGAGCAUCAAGAGCAUUUCAAGGAAGACCACGCGCGGCUUCAACUUGAUUCCCUGUCAAUUAGUGGAACAAAACGACGCCGUCGCCGUUGAAGAAACGAAUCUCUCCGGCUCAGAUGAUCACCCUAGACCUAGAGAAGCUCGCUUGUGCUACACAUUGCCCAUUGAAGGAGCUCCCACACUUUUUCUCACCCAAAGAGUGGAGGAACGUGCUUACCUCGGUGAUUUUGAGAUCUGCAAUAGAUACAAUGUUGACAACACUGGGCUUGUCUGUCAUUGGCCUUCAGAAGAAGUCCUUGCUUAUUUUUGCUUGUCACGUGCAGACAUGUUCAGAUCUAAAAGAGUUAUUGAGCUUGGAUCAGGUUAUGGCUUAGCUGGUUUAGUAAUUGCUGCAAUCACGGAGGCAGUAGAAGUUGUAAUAUCAGAUGGAAAUCCUCAAGUUGUUGAUUAUAUUCAGCGUAAUAUAGAUGCCAAUUCUGGAGCAUUUGGUGCUACAAGAGUGAGCUCUAUGACAUUGCAUUGGGAUCAAGAAGAAAUAUCAAAUAUCUCUAAUGCUUUUGAUGUCAUUAUUGCAAGUGACUGCACUUUCUUUAAGGAAUUCCACAAUGGCCUUGCUCGAAUCAUCAGGUUCUUGUUGAAAAAAGAGGGACCUUCUGAAGCUAUUUUUUUAAGUCCUAAAAGAGGCAAUUCAUUGGAUAAGUUUCUUGAGACAAUCAAACAAAAUGCCUUGUCUUUCAGUGUAACAGAGAAUUAUAAUGCAGAAGUUUGGAAGCAUCAUCAGGCAUUCAUGCAUGGCAAUGACUCCUGGCCCAGCUACGAAAAAGAUCAUUGCUAUCCAUUAUUGGUUAGAAUAACAAUAUGAAAUUUUGGAUGCUAUUGCCCUUUAUUUUCUACAUCUAUCCUAGGCUGUUGAAGUUCUUGGUUAAUUUUUUCCAUUGCUGGUUGAGCCAUAUGGUAGGCAUUGAUUGUAUAAUUAGUUGUAGGAUGCAGGAAAUUUUCCAUGUACAGAUGCAUGCUAAAUACACUACUGUUGCCUGCUCCAUUAUGUAGGUCCUCACUGAUUAUGGUUUGCCAAUUGGAAAGAAAAGCAUACAGUGCUACUGUUUCUUUUUAGUGUAUUAUUUUGAACAUAAUAUAGGUGAGUGCACUGAAACUUUUUGACAGAAGAAUAUUCCUUAUGUUCAUAUAUAGCAUGAAAGUUACAAAUCAAAAGCAUAUUAUUUAGAUGUCAUCGUCCAUGAGUAACCAAUGGGGAGAAGAUCCCCUCCUAUUCAAAGUCUCCAACUAAGGAUUAUGCACAACAAUGCCAAAAGCUAUCAGAUGCUCAGUGGAUCAGUUAUAAUAGAGUUUAUUGAAAGUGGAAGACUUGCUGUUAGCAUUUUAAAUAUAUGUUGCAGCAGUGAACAUGCCUUGUUUGCAAAGUGAAAUUAAGAGGUUGUGGCUUAGAUUCUUUGCUAUUACGAAAGCGAACAUUUCCUUCUGGUUAGUGUUCUUAAACUUCUAUUUAUGGGUACUUAGAUAGUUUCCUUGCUUAAAAGUUGAAAGGCAAUAUUUUCUUUGUGGUGCAUGGGUACGUUGCUGAAAAUUCGGAAGUAAGAAAAUAAUUGGAACAAACUGGUGUUUUCUGUGAGAAAACGGUUGCUUAUGUAAAAUAUCAGGUGAUUCUUGCCUGGUUCCAUUUUUGUGCU